CAUCUACCUGUUGCGCCAACAGAGAGAUGUGACAGACACGACCACCACUAUAUAGACAUGUACUGCAAAAACCAUGACGAUGUUGGUUGUGGCACAUGUAUAGCUAUAGAUCACAGGUUAUGCAAAGAUAUCUUCUACAUACCAAAAUUUCUCCAGAACAACACCUGCACUACCACUAUCAGGGAAAUUCAGCAAAAGCUGGACUCAGUUGCCAAGGCAUUGAAAGAGCAACAAGAAAAUUUCAAACUUGAAAGAGAACGGCUCUUGAAAAGCAAAACUGCUACGCUGGAAAGCAUCAAGAAGUUCAGGAAAGAAAUCAAUGGCAGACUUGAUGAACUAGAGACAAACACUAUAUCUGACAUUGAAGAUAAGUAUAAAACCUUCAUUAAUGAAAUGGAAGAGAGUAUCAGAAUAUUAGAGAGAAGCAAAGUCAGCUUAAAAUCCGCUCGAGACAAGCUUAAACUGGCAAGUGGCAACAAAUUGCAAAACUUUGUGAAUGUCAAGAAAGGAGAAAACAUUGCUGAAAAUGCUGCUAAAUCAAUAAAAGUAAACCAAUUACAAACACCAUUCAAAGACGUUGAUUUCACUGGAGAUCAUAGACUAGCUUCUUUGUUGCAUGAAAUAAAUGUUUUCGGCAAGAUUGAACAGAGAAUAGUCAUGAAAACAGAAAACAUUGGUACUGUGAAUAUUCAUAAGAAUGAUUCUUUACUUCAAGUAAAAGGCAGCACAAAAUAUGUUGUUAAAGUUCAGUCGGAUAACAUGAGAUGUGAUAUUGUCAGCGCCUGUACUCUGGAGGAUGGAACAAUUAUACUGUCUGAUUACAACAAUAGCAAGCUGAAACGUUUACACAGUUCCUCAUAUACUGUCAUAGACUACUGUGAUCUACAGUGGAGACCAUGGCAAGUUUGUUCUAUUGAUAAACAGCAAGCUGCUGUAUGUUUGAGAGACAAGAAAGAAGUUCAAUUCAUUUCACUAUCAAGCAAAAUGGCAUUAACAAACAAAAUAAAAAUUGGCUUUGCAUGUUAUGGUCUGUCAUAUGCUGAUGGCAAUCUGUACAUUUCAGGCGAUACAUCAGUUUAUAUAUACAGUGUAUCAGGAAGAAAGCUGAAGCAGUUCAGUAAAGAUCAAUCAGGACAGAACCUGUUCUCUGACACCUGCAGUCUGGCUGUCAGUGAGGAUGGUUCUAAGAUUUAUGUUGAUGACUUUAAAAAUGGAGUGAUAAUACUGGAUAAUAAUGGGGCAGUUGUUGGAAGAUUUAAUGACUCACAGUUAAGAGGUGCCUAUGAUUGUUGUCUUACAGGCAGAGGGAGUCUUCUUGUGUGUGGGAAUUUCUCCGACAAUGUGUUACAGUUUGGACUGAAUGGUAAUCUGAUAGGUGAGGUUGUGAAAUUUGAUGAUACAUCUGCUAGUCAUCAGGCAAUAUGCUGCAAUCAGCAAAUAUCAAAGAUGAUCAUAGGCAGAGACUGUGAUGACAAUGUUGAAGUAUAUGAUUUGAUAUAAAGUAUGUAGUAACUUUGUAUACCUCAUACUGCUGAACUGAAUGACUUUAUCAAUGAUGAUUACAAGUUUUGAUUUUACCAUUAUUCUACUGAAAAUAAUGAGCAAAUUUGACUAAUAUUCCAAUUAUGAGUAUCAUUAUCAUGUACAGUUGACAUCAUGCUGCUGAAUUAAUGAAUGGCUAUGACACUAACUUUCUAUUGUAUCAGCUAAAAGUGCAAACAUUGUAUCUGUACUGAUUCUUUCUUUCUACUAUCAAAAUAAAGAAAUCAUAAAUAUUGCAUUUAUAAAAUGUACAUUACUGAGCACAAUUUAUAAAUAAAUGCAAUAUGUAUUAUAUAUUUUUUCAUAUCAGGAGAUUGUAAAUAUUUGUAUAUAAACAUGACUUUAUCAAUUGACAAUAAAAUAAGAAAGAUGAACAUAAUUAUACCAAACUGAAAUAUUAAAAGCAUUGUACAAUAUAUACAUUGUGUUUGCAGUAUCAAA